CAGAUAGCUUCGCCAUCGAACGACGAACGAGUGCUUAAUUACUGGCUCAUCGCUUCCCUUUCUCUUUCUUCAUCUCCAUCUCUGUUUUCUAGACAUCCCCUGUCCUCUCUUCUACAUACAUCUCAUUCUUGUGCUUUGCACGUCUCUACCUAGCGUACAAUCUCUCUAUUCGUGAUGACCGAGCGCGCCCCUACAACCACCGUGAGCGCCAAUGGUACCCUCCCACUGCCGCCGGAGGAGCCCCCAGUUUGUGGUCCUACAGAUCUGGGCGGUGAGUCGAAAGAAUCCACGUAUGCUCUUCCCUCCGCCGAAGUCCUCGCCAAAGCGUCCAAGAUGCCCGUUCUUGACUCUGAGGGCAAGUCGCACUCCCUGCAAAGCAUAUACGAGAACGACUCAGGCGCUGUGCAGCGUAACCUGAUCAUCUUCAUCCGCCACUUCGCUUGCACAGUCUGCCAGCAGUACGUACGCCACCUCGCGAAUGCGCUGCCUCCGCUCAAACUGGCCGCUCUGUCUCCACCAACGCGGAUCACGAUCAUCGGAAAUGGUGACCCUUCGAUCAUAGAGAGGUACAAGAAGGAUGUGCCAUGCCCUUUUGAUCUGUACACCGACCCGGGCGCCAAACUGUAUGCACAGCUUGGUAUGAUCAGAAACUUGGGAAUGGGCAAGGAUGCGCCCGAGUACGUCGAGGGCAAGAGCAUGUUGAAAUUAAGCUGGGACGGAUUCGUCAACGUGCUUAAGCAGCCGCAGAAUGCAUUCAAGAUGGGCGAUUGGUCGCAGAUUGGUGGAGAGUUCCUAUUCAUAAAGGACGAAGAGGAGUGGCGUUGUACGUGGGCGCAUCGGAUGAGAACAACCAGGGACCACGCCGAGGUCAGGGAACUCAAGAAGGUUUUGCAAAUAGACGAGUGAAUAUAGGGGGAGGAUUGCGGCUUCAUUAUGAUACCCUCUGUGCUUAACGAUUGCAAAAAAGGCGUCUUCAUGCUUCCGCCAGGUAAGCAUCAACGAUUGACUUGUGUUUGAUUGAUUUUAGGGCGUUUUAAUGUACUUGUAUGUCAAAUAAUGUUGUACAUAGCGAUCAUAUACCAAAAAUUACGUUCAAUUAUCU